AUGAAGAAGUGUUCGCCCAUAAAGAUUCGCAAGAGUUUCCAUGAGAGAGAAAUUUGUUUUGAGCAAUUAACGCCAAUUGAUGGAGAUAGGAUAGAAAACAUUAAUGGAGAAGGGUGCAAUUGGAUUAUCUUUCCACAACCAGAGGUUAGGGCACGGGAGCAAAACCAGACUCUGAAGGUAGUCCCAAUGGAAUCUUUGGAUUGCUUUUCUGUACAGUAG